AUGUGUCCCAGCCGCCCAACCCGCAGCGCAAAGUCGCGGGCGGCAACCAAAAUCACCUCCGCCACCAUCGAGGAAUCCAGCGUCGAGGAGACCAGCGCGAAGAAGGUUGCCCGGGCCAGGGGUGGUGUCAAGAAGGAGGUUGUCGUCAAGAAAGUCGCCGCGACAAAGCGCAAAGGAAAAGCUCAGGAGGAAGAGAACGACGACGACGAUGCUGAAGACAUCGAGAACAAGGACCCCGUCCAACAAGAUACGAAAAAGCCGGCUCCCAAAAAGCGCAAGACCAAGGCUUCCGAAGAAGAUGCCACCCCCUUAGCAGCUAGGACCCCAGUUGAGUCGAUGAAGAGGAAGCUUUACAUUGGAGCCCAUGUUAGCAGCGCCGGAGGCGUCCAAAACUCCAUCACCAAUGCCCUCCACAUUGGCGCCAACGCCUUCGCCGUCUUCCUCAAAUCCCAACGCAAAUGGGUUUCCCCGCCCCUCGACCCCUCCGCCGCCUCCGACUUCUCCCGCCUCGCCACCCUCCACUCCUACUCCCCCUCCCUACACGUCCUCCCGCACGGCUCCUACCUCGUCAACCUCGCCCAGGUCGACAAGACCAAAGCCGACCAAGCCUACACCAACUUCGUCGACGACCUGCAACGGUGCUCCACCUUGGGAAUCAAGCUGUACAACUUCCACCCGGGGUCAACAGGCGGCGAACCCAUCGAGGAAGCGUGCGCGCGGAUUGCUGCCCAACUAAACCGGGCUCACAAGGAGAAGGGGACGGGGGAGGUGGUGACGGUUAUAGAGAACAUGUGCGGCUCUGGUAACGUGAUUGGCUCCCAGUUCGAGGACCUCAAAAUGAUUAUUGAUGGAGUGGAGGAUAAGAGCCGCGUGGGUGUGUGCAUCGAUACGUGCCAUGCCUUUGCGGCGGGCCACGAUUUGCGCACGCCCGAGGCGUUUGAAAAAACCAUGAAGCAAUUUGACGAGAUUGUUGGGCUGAAGUAUCUCAAGGCGUUCCACUUGAACGAUAGCAAAGCCCCCUUUGGUUCGCAUCGGGAUUUACACGCCAACAUCGGCACAGGGUUCCUCGGGUUGAGGGCGUUUCAUAACCUGAUGAACUACGAGGCGGUGCAAGGGUUGCCGAUGGUGUUGGAGACGCCGAUAGAGGAGAAGGGGGCGGAUGGCAAGAUGGUGGAGAAUAAGCAGAUCUGGGCGGAUGAGAUUAAGCUUUUGGAGAGUUUGGUGGGGAUGGAUGCGGAGAGCGAGGAGUUUAAGGCGAUGGAGAAGGAGUUACAACGAAGGGGCGCGAGCGAGAGGGCCAAGAUUCAGGAACAGGUGGAUAAGAAGGCUGAGAAGGACGCGAAGAAGGCGGAGAAGGAUGCGGCGAAGGGGGCUGGGAAAGGGAAGAAAGGGGCUGCGGCUGCGGGAGGGUCGAUAUCGAGUUUCUUCAAGAAGAAGGUGAAGGAGGAGAGUGAGGGGGAGGAUAACGAGUAA